AUGAAGAUGGUUGCGUGGAAUUGUAGGGGCCUCAAUGAUACUUCCUCCCCUACUUUUCCCUUCCUGAAGUGGAUGGUGUCCUCCUGUAAUGUUGAUCUCUUGUUUCUUAGUGAGACUAAGUGUAGUGUAGAAUAUUUGAAACCCUUUUCAGUUAGCUGGGGUUUCUCGGAUUGUAAUGGUGUCGAUGCCACCAAUAGUUCUGGUGGUUUAUUUGUGUGUUGGCACAGUAGGCUUAAUGUGUCGAUCUUGUUCCUAGAUGAUAAUUAUGUUCUCUGUAAUGUGCUUAAUGAAGUGAUUUCUUCCUUUUACGCCCUGUUUGUUUAUGGCUCGCCAUACCUAGUUGAUCGUGAAAGUGUAUGGGCAAGCUUGAGAGCCUUAAUUUGGGCUCACCCGGGAAACAUUGUGACCAUGGGAGAUUUCAACCAACUGGAAGGCCCAAGCCAGAAAUUGGGUGGCAACCCAUGUAUCCUAGGCUCUCGGACCUUUUUGAACUGGAAAAUUGAUUGUAGUCUGCUAGACAUCCCUUCCCAUGGUGCCACAUUCACGUGGACAAAUAAUAGAGAUAAUGGGGCUGCUAUCUAUGAAAAACUGGACAGGGGGUACUGCAAUUCGGCCUGGCGAACCUCGUUUCCUAAUGCAGUAAUGUGGAACUUCCCCAUCCUCUUAUCAGACCAUGGUCCUAUCUUGUUGGAUUGCAACCCAAACCCAAACAAGCGGCGUCGGCCGUAUAGAUUCGAAGCAUGGUGCCUUGACUUCCCUCAGCCGAGAACUAUCGUCCAAAAGGCGUGGGAAACACAAGUAAACGGGUCAGGUAUGUAUCAGCUACAAAGGAGAAUUCGGACGUCCCUCAAAAAUUGUAAAAAGUGGUGUCUUGAUUUCAAACUCGAUACCCAAAUUGACUGGCACCAUAUUCAUGAAGAAUUACUUGUCUCCCAAGAUGGGAUUGCCUCGAUGGGGCGAGUGAACGAGGAGAAGGUCCAUCGUAAGAAAGUUGAGGAAGUCAUGCUCUCUAAACUUUCCUACUGGAAACAACGCUCGAGAUCAAAAUGGGAUUGCCUAGGAGAUCAAGGGACGGCCUUUUUCUACCGUGCAGCCCAAUCCAGGAAAUGCCGAAAUGACAUUAAAAUGCUCCAAAAUGAAGAUGGGGACUGGCUCUCAAGUGAUGCAGAUAUUAAAGGAGAAUUUGUCAAGUUCUACAGGCAGCUCUUUGCCUUUCAUGAUCCGCCAGCAACCCACGAGGCUACCCUUUUGAAUUGGCAACCCCACAUCAACCGAUUAUCUCCUAGCCAUGUGUUAUUGUUGACUAACCCUUUCUCUGUGCAGGAAAUAGAGGAUGCAAUGUUUAGUAUGGAAGGCCAUAAAUCCCCCGGCCCAGACGGGGUUCCGCCUUCUUUCUUCCACAAACAAUGGGAGGUCACCAAACCGACAGUCCUAGAGGUCGUGCAAGGCUUUUCGCGGGAGGUAAUAUGUUGA